GUUAGGCGUUUGAAGAGCAAAGAGCAUUACAUCAUUGCUUCUAACUGGAAGAAGAAUGAACACAUGACAAAGGAUAUGUUCUGCCAUGAAUUCCAUCUUGUUGAUCUUAGAGUUAUGGAUAUUUGCAUGAAAGUGACCGAGAAAGUUGACCAUGUCUUUAAUUUGGCUGCUGAUAUGGGUGGUAUGGGCUUCAUCCAGUCCAAUCACUCUAUUAUUAUGUAUAAUAACACCAUGAUCAGCUUCAAUAUGCUUGGAGCUGCAAGAAUCAAUGGAGUUAAAGAAUUUUUCUAUGCUUCUAGUGUUUACAUCUACCCUGAAUUUAAGCAAUUGGAAACUAAUGUGAGCUUGAAAAAGUUAGAUGCUUGGCUUGCUGAGCCCCAAGAUGCUUAUGGUUUAGAGAAGCUUGCUACAGAGGAGAUGUGCAAACAUUAUACUAAGGAUUUCGGUAAUGAGUGCCGAAUUGGGAGGUUCAACAACAUUUAUGGUCCAUUUGGAAUAUGGAAAGGUAGAAGGGAAAAGGCUCAUGCUACAUUCUGCAGAAAGGCCCUCACUUCUGUAGAUAAGUUUGAGAUGUGGGGAGAUGGUCUUCAAACAAGAUCUUUCACUUUCAUUGAUGAAUGUGUAGAAGGUGUCCUGAGGUAA